AUGGAAAACCAUAUGGUGGUGGACCGGAGCCUCUUAGACCAGAAGAGUAAUAAGGAAGAGGAGGAGGAGGAGGAGGAGUGGCUCACAGUCUCACAAUCACUUAUGGCUUCUGGUGUGCCGAUGCCAGUCCUGGGCUCAAAACAGAUCUACGAGUAUGAUCUAGAACACUGGUCUUCGUCCUCCUCUUCUUCUUCUUCUUCUUCUUCUUCUUCUUCUUCUUCUUCUUCUUCUUCUUCUUCUUCUUCU